AUGCAAAGCUCAUAUCUCUUCGUCUACAACCUCUUUCAGGCCUUGGGAUGGGUAAUUUCUCUAUUCAAAAUUUUGAGCAACUUCUUGUCGACUAAAUCUGUCAGUGGGACUUACACUUCCGCGGGAGAACUAAUUUGUGUGUUGCAAGCUACUGCAUUCUUGGAAGUUAUUCAUGGGGUUAUUGGCAUUGUUCCGAGCGGUGUGUUACUUCCUUUGAUGCAAUGGGGUGGAAGGACUCACUAUUUGCUUGCUAUUGUUCGUCAUAUUCAUGAGGUCCAAGAAUUACCAUCAGUUUUCAUAACAUUUUUUGCUUGGAGCUUAUCUGAGAUAAUCAGAUAUUCCCAUUAUGCGUUGAGUUGCCUGGGCCCUCCUCCCUAUUGGAUUACUUACGCAAGGUAUACUGCAUUCAUUGUAUUGUAUCCAAUUGGAGUUUUUCCCGGUGAAAUGUGCCUCAUGUACCAAGCACUUCCAUUUAUAAAGAAGAAAAACCUCUACGUUGAUAGCCUUCCUUUCAACUAUUAUUACUUCGUUGAGGUUCUGCUUCUUUGCUAUCCAUUUUUGUGGUUGAAGCUUUACCUUCAUUUAUUCAAGCAACGGCGGUCAAAACUGGGUAAACACAAAAAGAAGCAAAACUGA